GACUGGAUGUGUAGCUAUAUAAAUACCCUUAUCAACAAACUUUCUCACUCACAUCCCUGAAAUUUCAGAAUGAUAAACAAUGCGUGUGCAAUUAUUGCUGUCAUGCUGCUUGUAUUUACUGACCUGGCAACAGCUCAAGUUUAUACUUCUGCUUCUAAUGAGGAGCCAGACUGCCAAGAUUUCCCUGAUAUCCCAGUCUGCCCCAUGUUCACAAAGCGAGUCUGUGGAACAGAUGGCAUGACCUACAUAAACCGUUGUAAUUUAUGCCUUUAUAAUUGGUUGAAUAAUGCAAAUGUUAAGAUCAGUCACAAUGGAUUUUGUGCAAAGAAACGACCAGAAGAGGAAGAAUACUGACUGAGGUGG